CGUCUAUGGCUCUACGUCGCCACUUUCACUGAUAUUCAGAUCUGUCCUUCACAUCUGUUUCACCAAAACGUCAACGUGAAGUCACAGUUGUGUCUGUCAAUAGUUGUUUAAAAUGCAUACGAAACUCAAAAUGUAGGCGAGACUGUGGAUACCAGUUGUCAAGAUGAACACUGCUUUGGUACACUGGAAGGAGGCGGCGACUGUCAUUUUAACAGCAGGAAUCAGACGCACUUCUGUUGUUGACAGUUUAAGGACAAGUAUCGAGAACCAUUCUCCACACCCACCUGUGACCUGGACCCGGUCAGUUUUACCUGUUAAGUCAGCAUUUGAUUACGAGGUGCUCCUGCUGAAACGAAGUGGUAAGAGUGGGUUUAUGCCAAACGCAUAUGUCUUUCCUGGAGGUCUCGUGGACACUUCGGACUUUUCCAGCGAAUGGCUGGAUAUUUUCAGGAACUUCAUACACUCGCCGAAUUUUGGUUUGGGAGUUGUCAAACAACCACCUCAGACUAGACCCCCUAUUUUUGCUACGGAUAGAAUGAAAUUCGGCUCUCCUAUUCCUGGAGAAGUUGCUUUUAGAAUAUGUGCUGUGCGAGAGACCUUCGAAGAAUCAGGUGUACUUCUCGUUGUACCCAAAGAGGAAGAAAACAACGUACUGAAGUCUGUGGGACACAGAGAAAACGCUGGUACGACAGAUUUAUCACAACUAUCAAAUGUGUGUGGCGAAAGGGAACUGGCUAAUUGGAGGCAAUUGGUGAUGCAGAACCCGCUGAACUUUAUCCGGAUGUGCAGGGAGUUGGAGUGCUUGCCUAACAUCUGGGCCUUGCACGAGUGGGGUAACUGGCUUACUCCUACAGCAGUGUACGGUAAGCAGAGGAGGUACGACACCGCGUUCUUCAUCUGCUGCUUGAAGGACAUACCUCACACUGUCCAGGAUGAGAAGGAGAUAGUUCAUUUUAAGUGGUCCGAUCCCAUCGAAGUCCUUCAGAGGUACGAGGCGCGUGAGCUGUGGAUCGCCCCACCGCAGCUGUAUGACCUGGGCCGUCUGUGCCACUUCCACGGGCUGGACGACCUCCACCACUUCGCUCAACAGCGCUCCCUAGAGGGCUGUGAGCAAUGGCUGCCCAUCAGGCUCACCUCUGCAGACUGCUACAUAUCACUGCUGCCAGGUGACGGACUGUACCCUGAGCAGGUGGACAUGUCGGGCCACAGUGAUGUCAACAUGAGCACCCAGAAGAGCCUGGAGGAGCUCCAGCAGGAAAGCUCCAGCCUUCACCGCAUUGUUUCCCACGACCCCUACAACACUUCCGUACAUAUCAACAUCACCCCCAAGUACAAGCACCUGAGUCCGCUGCGAGGCACAUCUAGCAGCAGCAGCAGCAGUGAUAGCAGUGGGAGCACACCCACCAGUCGGCUCUGAGUCGGCAGCGCCCUCAGCUGGUGUUCAGGGGAACUGCAUUUGUCAACAAUAAAGCCAUUGGUGAGCGCUGCCUUUAAAUGCAAUCAAAACAAGGGAGCUGCAUUUGGAUUUUCCAUGCCUUGUUCUUUGAAGCCAUAAUGGGACAGAGUUUGGGUUGUCAUUGAUGAUCAGUAGGUUUGUAUGUGGAGGACGUUUCUCCCUGAACGUAGUGUUUUCUUACAUAGUUUGUUGAGUUGGAUUGCUACCUCAGUGUUGCCCCUCAGAAUCAGAAGGUAAUCAAAUGAGAAUAUGGCCUGACAGAUAUCUAAAUCUUCAGUUCAAGUCACUAAUGAAGCAGCACAUGAUGAAAUACAUAAGCUUCUAGUUAAAUUAGAAAUAACAGUGUCAGUGUCAUAUUGACUAUAAGUAGGCUAUAAGUAAUAAACACUUUAAUAAUACCCUUAAAACAAACCAGAAGCAAUUUUAUUCCGAUUGUAUUUCAACUCCCCAUUUCCUUUAGUUUUCACCCCCUUAAAUGUCUAUAAAAGUGGUAGUGUUCAUAUUGUUUAAAUGUUCACCAACCAAAUCAUUAGUUUGAAAUAAGUUGCUAUUCAGUAAACACUGCGGCACUUUGCCAAGGUAAAGUUUAAGGAAUGUAAAUGUAUCAGCCUCGCGUGUGUCUUUGUCCUAUCCCUCAUUGUGAAAUUAGAGGUUCAUUAAGGAACUCUAAGUUUGAUAUCAUAACUUGAUGACUGUUAUUAUUGUUGCAAAUACAGUCAACUCCAAACAUGGGGCAGUAGAAUCAGUGCCAUUGUCUAGCCUACAAAGGAGUGCAGUGUUUCCCCUAGGUUUAC